GCUUUGUCAUUUGGCUGGUGAUUGCUUGUGAUUUGCUUAUUCAAAUUGCUAAAACAAUGCCACAACUUCCUUUUCCAUUUUUGUCAGAGAUGAAUCGGAGCUUAUACAAAGAAUUGUGGAGGAAAUCUCCAGUUACCUAAACCGAACACCUUUGCAUGUUGCUAAGCAUCCGGUUGGGAUAGAUUCACGAGUGGUCGAGCUGAAAUCGCUGUUAAACCUAGAGUUUGACGAUGAUACUAUCAUGGUGGGAUUAUGGGGACAGCCAGGCAUAGGAAAGACAUUUUAGCAAGAGUUCUUUACAAUGCUAUUUUUAGACAAUUUGAAGGUUCAUGUUUUCUGCCAAAUAUUCGAGAAGCUUCAAAAGAUUCCAAAGAUUUAGUUCUGUUGCAAGAAAAAUUACUAUCCGUGAUUUUAUCAUCGCAACAUAGAUUAGAAGUGUCCAGUGUUGAUAGAGGUGUUAAUCUAAUACAACAAAGACUUAGUCACAGAAAGGUUCUCCUUGUCCUAGAUGAUGUGGAUGACUUGCGCCCAUUAAAUGCUUUAGCAGGAGAAGCAUGUGUUUUGGUAAUGGAAGUAGGAUCAUUGUUACUACACGAGAUAAACAUUUGCUAACUCGUCAUUGGAUUGAUCAAGAUCAAAUGUAUGAAGUUAAAGCACUGAAUUACAUUGAAGCUUGUGAGCUGCUUGGCAAUCAUGCUUUUACGAUACACCAAAAAUUAGAAAUCCAGAAAGAUUUGAUGGUUCGUGUUAUGAAUUAUGCUGGGGGCAUUCCUUGGCACUUGAGGUGUUGGGUUCCCUCUUAUAUGGUAGAAGAGAAAAUGAAUGGCAAAGUGCACUAGAUGAACUUUUCAGGAUUCCCAGCAAAACCAUUAAUGAUGUGCUUAGAAGAAGUUAUAAUGAACUGGGGGCAAAUGAGAAAGAGAUCUUUCUCCACAUUGUUUGCUUCUUUAACAGGUGGGAUAGUAAGUAUGCAAAGAAAGUUCUCCACGAUUGCAAUUUUGAAGCAGCAAUAGGAUUACAAGUUCUCAUUGAGAGGUCCUUCAUAAGCAUUGGUGAGGACGGACUCAUAAAAGUGCCUGAAUUGAAUCAAUUGAUGGGUAUGGAUAUUGUGAGACAGGAAUGUCUCGAUGAUCCUGGGAGACGUAGCAGACUAUGGCUGUAUGAUGAUGUCGUCAAUGUUCUGUCAAGAGACAUGGAAGAUUGUGCUGUUAAAGCUAUAGUGUUGGAGCUACCCGAACCGACAGAGAUGCGUAUCGGUCCUGAAACUUUUACAAAAAUGUGCAGGUUGAGAUUGCUCAUCGUGCGAAACGUGCAUAAUUCUUUUCAAGGUCCUAUAUGUCUUCCCAAUGAGCUAAGGUGGUUUGAAUGGGCUGCAUGGGCUCCCUCGAUUCCAGAAUUUUCCUCUUAUCCAAGAUAUUAGUGGGACUUGAUAGGAACAAAUGCGGUAUCACAGUAGUUCCCACACAAUCUAAGACCUCAGUUGCCACUAUUGAACGUGUAAUUGGCAUUGGUGAUUGAGUUAAGGAAGUAAUCGAGUUAUUGGAUAUAGAAGAUGAUGAGGUUGGAGUGGACAUUGUUGGAAUUCAUGGAACUAAUGGAAUGGGCAAGACAACUAUUGCAAAGGCCGUAUAUGACCGACUCUCCUCUUAUUUCGAUAGUUGUAGCUUUCGCGUGGAGAUUGGAGAAACAGCGCGAAAUGGUGGUGGUAUUCAGUUUGUGCAAACUAAGUUGAUAUCUGAUAUUCUCAAGCGAGAUGUCGAUGUGGCUUCUUUUGAAGAAGGAAUCGAUUUUUUCCUGGAUGUAUUUCGCAGUAUAAAAGUUCUUAUUGUCCUCGAUGAUGUGGAAGACCAGUCUCAUCUUCAUAGUCUAGUAGGAGACCAGCUAGACUGGUUUGGUCCAGGAAGUCAGAUAAUUAUUACGUCUGAAAAUGGUGAAAUUCUUCAAGGAUAUGUUUCUGCAGGCCUGGCUCGUAGUUAUGAAGUGAAUGGGAUGGAUAAUGGUCGAUCUCUUGAACUUUUCAAGCAUGCUUCAGCAAUUGACAGUUUAAUACCUGACCAUCUUGAGUUGAAGAAGUGCAUUAUCAAACCUACGGCCUGGGCUACUUUUCUUAUUGCACUCAUUGAUGAACUUCUUGAAGUGGCGAAGCACAUUGUCAAUGCUACGGGGCAGGUUCCAUUUGUUAUUGAAGUCAUUGGCACAUUUUUACGUGGAAAACCAAUAGCAGAUUGGUGGAAUAUAGAGCACUUGAUUAAACCACAGAACGAGAACUCUCAAGGGAGGUGGAAGGAUUGUAGGGAGAUUUUGAAUAUCUGUUAUGAAGCAUUACAUGAUAAGCAGAAAGAAAUAUUUUGGGACAUAGCCUGGUUUGCCAAAGGCGUGGACAGCCUGAUUGCAUCAUAUAUGUAGCCUGGUCAAGAUCUUUUGUCUUCUCACCUUGUUUUGAUGCCCCUAGCAAAAUUAGAGGAGACAAUGUGCUGUGGAUGCAUAAAAUGUUGAAGUGAUUCAGCCGCACUAUGCGUCAAGAAGGAACUAACUAUCCUGGAAGUCGCAGUAGACGAUACAUGCACGUUACAGACCUGGAAGAAUUCAACAAGAAAGAGGGAAAGGAAGAGGUGGAAGCCCUUUGCUUUGACUUGAAAACUCUUCAUCCCCCUACAUUUAAGGAAACCGUUUUCAAGAGCAUGCCGAACAUAAGCUUCUUGAAAUUGGAUCGUGCAAGUAUGACUGGAAAUUUUGCAAAUGUAUUUCCAAAGUUAAGGUGGCUUCAUUGGCAAGGGUGCCCGAAGGAUUCGGAAGCAGCAGAACUUAAUCUGACAGAACUGUUCAUUCUUGAUCUUUCAUGGAGCAAGGUCACCGAUGACUGGAGAGGUUGGACGUUGAUGAAGAUGGAGCAAUUGAAAGUCUUGAACCUCACCGGUUGCACUGACUUACUGAUAAGUCCGAAAUUUUCUAGCUUCCCGAAUUUGGAGAGAUUGAUUCUAGAGCGAUGCUCUCGGUUGGUCUAUUUAGAUCCUUCAGUCGGUGAUCUCAAAAAAUUGCUUUGCCUGAAUCUGAAGUCCUGUACUGAACUCAACCGGUUGCCUGCCGAACUGGGUCGCCUGGAAGCUUUGAAGGAGCUCCUCAUUGACGGGACUUCUGUGGAAGAAAUUCCCUUGAAAGGUUAUUCAAAGGAACUCGAAACUCUUUCUGCCUCCAAUUGCUUGUCAUUGAGUCUCCCCGAUGGAGUUGGAGAGCUGGCGAAACUCCGGCGCUUGUCUUUGAGGAAUUGUCGUUGGAUACGAAAACUUCCAGAGUCCAUUAGCCAACGGGGAAGCCCUUUAGAGGAGCUGGAUAUUUCGGGAACAGGCAUUUCUGAAUUGCCAGAUUCCUUUGGUAAUUUGAAGAGGUUGAGAGUGUUAAAGAUGGACUAUUGCUUCAUAAGAGAAUUUCCUAGCUCUAUUUGGCGUCUACAGAGCCUUGAAGAAAUACAUGCUGCCUCGUGUAGGAAUUUAAAAGGGGGGAUUCCUGGAGGCAUUGGGAAUCUAGAAAAUCUGAGAAUCUUGAGGCUGAGAAAUUCUGCUAUUUCCAGCCUACCUCCUGAAAUCAAGCAUCUUUCCAAGCUGGAGACUCUGGAUGUACUUCACUGUGACAAGCUUUCCGAGUUGCCAGAACUUCCCUCUGGUUUGGCUAUCUUCCAUCGGAGUCCAAAAUUGAAGGAGAAGGUGUCUAAUCCUUAGAAUUUUGUGGAGCAGCAUUGUUUCAUCACUGUGCAACUUGGAUGACAGUCAUUGAAACUGGUCUUUGUUCUACUUACCCUGGGCUAUGCUCAAUAAAGUUAUCCAGGAUAAUUGUUAUUAUUUCUGCUGAUAUUUCAUUUCAAAGU